AUGGGGUCCCUUUCACAGCCUAAGCUUCCUGUUAUACACUUCUCUGAGGAAAACUUGAAGCCUGGUACAGAUUCUUGGAUAUCAACACGAAAUGAAACCGUGCGAGCUCUUGAAGAUUAUGGUUGUUUCAUAGCAGUGUAUGAUAGAGUUUCUUUGGAGCUUCACAAUUCAAUUUUUCAAGCAUUAAAACCCUUAUUUGAUCUCCCCCUAGAAACCAAAAUACAGAACACUUCUGAUACACCUAAUCAUGGCUAUCUUGGACAACUGCCUGCAAUUCCUCUUUAUGAAAGCUUGGGCAUCGAAAACGCAACAACUCUAGAAGGAGCCCAGAAAUUCACUAAUCUCAUGUGGCCCUCCGGAAACGAUUUUUUCAGUGAAACUGCACUUUCCUUCUCAAAGCUAGUGUCAGAAUUAGAUCAAACAGUGAAGAAAAUGGUAUCAGAGAGUUAUGGUAUACAGAAAUACAACGAGUCUCUCCUUGGAUCCACUUCUUACCUGCUUAAACCUAUAAAAUAUAGAGAACCCAAAAUGAAUGAGACUAAUGUUGGUAUCGUCCCUCACAUGGACAAGACCUUCACGACCAUUCUUCAACAACAUCAAGUUGGGGGUUUGGAGAUUAAAACAAAGGACGACCAAUGGAUUCUAAUUGAGCCUUCUCCUUCAUCUUUCAUAGUCAUGGCAGGCCAAGUAUGCAUGGCAUGGACUAAUGGGAGAAUAGAACCUGCUACUCAUCGGGUGAUCAUGAACAACAAAGAAAGAUACUCCCUCGGUCUAUUUUCAUUCAUCAGGGAUAUCCUCAUUGAAAUACCGGAAGAGCUAGUUGAUGAAACACACCCUUUACAAUACAAACCAUUUUAUCACUACAAAUUUCUUCACUACUAUUACUCGGAUGAGGGGAGGAGACUCAGAUCCAAGUGUCCGUGCCCAAUCAAAACUUACUGUGGUGUUUGA